ACACCUUCUCUCUCUCUCUCUCUCUCUCUCUCUCUCUCGCGGCCGCGGCUUCGUCUUCAACCUCUCUCCACCAUCCCCAUCCCCAACCCUCGAAGCUCCCGAAGCUCCCAUUUGAAGGUUCUCCAAGAUCUGGAAAUCCUGACCCAGAAACCCCCCAGAUCUCGCCAUUUUGAUCCAUCUACGAUCUCCAUUUCCUCCAGAUCUGGCGAAAACCCUAGGUCUCGGGGCCGCAUCUGGCGCCAAGAUGAGAUCCGUCGCCGGAUUCGCCAUCCGGAUCGGCUUCUUCUCCCUCGUCGUCCUCCUCGGCUCCGUCCAUGGCUUCUACCUCCCCGGGAGCUACCCCCACAAGUACCAGGUCGGGGAUCCGUUGUUGGUGAAGGUAAACUCCCUCACCUCCAUUGACACCGAGAUGCCCUUUAGCUACUAUAGCCUCCCCUUUUGCAAGCCCCAAGAGGGCGUUAAGGAUAGCGCCGAGAACCUCGGCGAGCUCCUCAUGGGCGAUCGCAUUGAGAAUUCCCCGUAUCGAUUCAAGAUGUACACGAACGAGUCCGAUAUACUCCUGUGCCGAUCGGAUCCGCUCACGCCGGAGAAUUUCAAUCUCCUCAAGAAGCGGAUCGAUGAGAUGUAUCAGGUGAAUCUCAUUUUGGAUAAUCUCCCUGCGAUCCGGUACACCAAGAAGGAUGAUUACUUCUUGCGGUGGACGGGGUACCCGGUGGGGAUCAAGGUCGGGGACGCGUACUUUGUGUUCAACCACCUCAAGUUUACGGUGUUGGUCCACAAGUAUGAGGAGACCAAUGUGGCGAGGGUGAUGGGGACCGGGGAUGCUGCUGAUGUUAUCCCGACGCUCGAUAAGUCCGGAUCUGGCGGAUUGCCGCAGGGAUGGAUGGUGGUUGGAUUUGAGGUUGUUCCCUGUAGCUACCUCCACGAUUCGGAGUCAAUCAAGUCCUUGAGGAUGUAUAACAAGUAUCCCGCGAAGAUCCAGUGCGAUCCGACUACCGUCGCGAUGUCCAUUAAGGAGAAUCAGCCGAUUGUAUUCACUUACGAAGUCUCCUUCGUGGAGAGCGACAUCAAGUGGCCAUCGAGGUGGGACGCCUACUUGAAGAUGGAGGGGGCGAAGGUGCAUUGGUUCUCGAUCCUCAAUUCGCUAAUGGUUAUUGCCUUCCUCGCUGGUAUAGUUUUGGUGAUUCUUCUGAGGACGGUUCGUAGGGAUCUGACUCGGUAUGAAGAGCUCGACAAGGAAGCUCAAGCCCAGAUGAACGAGGAGCUCUCGGGGUGGAAGCUUGUGGUCAGCGACGUCUUUAGGGCUCCGAGCCAUCCGAUGCUUCUUUGCGCGAUGGUCGGAGAUGGGGUCCAGAUCCUCGGCAUGGCGGUGGUCACCAUCUUGUUUGCAGCCCUAGGGUUCAUGUCCCCGGCCUCGAGAGGAGCUCUCAUCACUGGAAUGCUCUUCUUCUACCUAAUUCUUGGAAUCGUAGCUGGGUAUGCUGGGGUUAGAGUUUGGAAGACUAUUAAAUGCGGGGAUCACUCUGGGUGGGUCUCGGUUUCAUGGCGUGUGGCUUGCUUCUUCCCUGGUAUCGCCUUUUUGAUCCUCACCACGCUGAACUUCCUCUUAUGGGGCAGUCACAGCACAGGAGCUAUCCCUAUUUCUUUGUUCGCCGUUCUAUUAUUGCUUUGGUUCUGCAUCUCAGUCCCUCUUACUCUCAUCGGCGGAUUCCUCGGUGCCAGGGCACCUCAUAUCGAGUACCCUGUGAGGACCAACCAAAUCCCCCGCGAGAUCCCGCCGCAGAAAUACCCGUCGUGGUUGUUGGUUCUCGGAGCCGGCACACUGCCCUUUGGCACCCUUUUCAUUGAGCUCUUCUUCAUAAUGUCCAGCAUUUGGAUGGGCCGCGUCUACUACGUGUUCGGCUUCCUCUUCAUAGUGUUGAUACUCCUCGUGGUUGUGUGCGCCGAGGUGUCUCUCGUGCUCACUUACAUGCAUCUCUGUGUGGAGGAUUGGAAGUGGUGGUGGAAGUCGUUCUUCUCGUCCGGAUCUGUUGCGAUUUACAUCUUCUUCUACUCAGUUAACUACCUCGUCUUCGAUCUUAAGAGCUUGAGCGGGCCCGUCUCUGCUACCCUCUACCUCGGGUACUCACUCUUCAUGGUCAUCGCGAUCAUGCUCGCUACCGGCACGGUCGGGUUCAUUUCCUCUUUCUGGUUCGUUCACUACCUCUUCUCGUCGGUAAAACUAGAUUGAGCUGAGUUGCCUCUGCGGCGAGGAUUUUCCCUCACCCAAAUCGUAGUUCGGGAACUGGACAAAGGUAAAAUUAUCGCACAGAUUCUUAGUUCCUACAUCUUCGAUGGUGACAUUGUUCGGUACCUGAUAGAAUGAUUCUUAUUAUUUUUUUCUUAAAUCAUAUACCUAAGCAUAUAUUCGUGUAUCUGCAUUUGAGUAGCUAUUUGAGUUGUAAUAGGAUGAAUUAGCCGAAUGUCGUCUGUCGCCUUCUUCUUUGUUUACUCUUUGCUUUUCCUAUGCUUCUUGUAUUGAAUAAUACCUCAGAUUCUUAUGAUGCAUUUAUAGUUCCUCUUA